UAGCCCGAGUCUGGGGAUGCGGAGCGGAGGCUGGUCGCUGGGAGCCUGCGCGGGCUUCCUCGUGCUCCUCGCUUUCUGCCUGCUGCCAUGUGGGCCGCCCUGAGGUCAGCCCUGCGGACGUGCACCCACGCGGCUGCCCCGGGGCUGCGCACCUAUCACAGAGACUCAGUGGCCACGCUGGGCACCCAGCCGGACUCGGGCUCUGCCGUGUAUCAGAAAAACUGUGAACAGAUGAAGGCACUAGUAAGUCAACUCCAUGAACGAGCACAGUACAUAAAACUAGGAGGUGGUGAGAAAGCCCGAAAACGUCACAUAUCAAGAGGAAAAUUGUUACCCAGAGAAAGAGUAGAUGGUCUUCUAGACCCAGGGACCCCGUUUCUGGAAUUAUCCCAGUUUGCAGGUUACCAGCUCUAUGGCAAUGAGGAGGUCCCAGCAGGUGGCAUUAUCACAGGUAUUGGGAGAGUGUCAGGAGUAGAAUGCAUGAUUAUUGCUAAUGAUGCCACUGUCAAAGGAGGUACUUACUACCCAGUAACUGUGAAAAAACAUUUACAGGCACAAGAAAUCGCACUGCAAAACAGGCUUCCCUGCAUCUACUUGGUUGAUUCUGGAGGGGCAUACUUACCUCUACAAGAGGCAUUUCCAGAUCGAGAUCACUUUGGCCGUUCAUUCUAUUAUCAGGCAAGUAUGUCUUCUCAAAAUAUCACACAAAUUGCAGUUGUGAUGGGCUCCUGUACGGCAGGAGGGGCUUAUGUGCCUGCGAUGGCUGAUGAAAACAUCAUUGUUCGCAAGCAGGGGACCAUUUUUUGGGGAGGACCCCCUUUGGUUAAAGCAGCAACUGGAGAAGAGGUGUCCGCUGAGGACCUUGGAGGUGCUGAUCUUCACUGUAGGAAGUCUGGUGUAAGUGACUACUAUGCUUUAGAUGAUAAUCAUGCCCUUCACUUAACCAGGAAAGUUGUGAGGAAUCUAAAUUAUCAGAAGAAAUUGGAUGUUACUAUUGAACCUUCGGAAGAGCCUUUGUUUCCUGCUGAUGAAUUGUGUGGAAUAGUAGGUGCUAACCUUAAGAGGAGCUUUGAUAUCCAAGAUGUCAUUGCUAGAAUUGUGGAUGGAAGCAGAUUCAGUGAGUUCAAAGCCUUAUAUGGAGACACAUUGGUUGCAGGAUUUGCUAGAAUAUUUGGAUAUGCAGUAGGUGUCAUUGGAAAUAAUGGAGUUCUCUUUUCUGAAUCUGCAUAAGAGGGGGCUCACUUCAUCCAGUUAUGCUGCCAAAGGAAUAUUCCUCUGCUAUUCCUUCAAAACAUUACUGAAUUUAUGGUUGGUAGAGACUAUGAAGCUGAAGGAACUGCCAAGGAUGGUGCCAAGUUGGUAGCUGCUGUAGCCUGUGCCAAUGUGCCUAAGUUCACUGUCAUCAUUGGGGGUUCAUAUGGGGCUGGAAACUAUGGGAUGUGUGGCAGAGCAUACAGCCCAAGAUUUCUCUACAUGUGGCCAAACGCUCGCAUCUCAGUGAUGGGAGGAGAACAGGCGGCCAGUGUGCUGGCAACAGUAGCAAAGGACCAAAGGGCAUGGGAAGGGAAAGAGUUCUCCAGUGCUGAAGAAGCAGCUUUGAAAGAGCCCUUCAUUAAGAGGUUUGAAGAGGAAGGAAACCCUUACUUCUUCAGUGCCAGGCUGUGGGAUGAUGGGAUUAUUGAUCGUGACACCAGACUGGUUCUGGGUCUCAGUAUUAGCGCAGCCCUUAAUGCGCCGAUCCAGAAGACUGACUUUGGCAUCUUCAGGAUGUAACUGGGAUAGAAAACAUCUUCUGAUGGACAUGUACCAAAAAUUAAUGCAUUAGUAGCCUUAAAAUAUUAAACUUUUUCAUCAUGUGGUCAUCAUAGUAAAAAUUGUUUUCUUCACACAGUACAUUAUACUUUCCUGUCUUAAAAAAAAUUAUUGAAGAUACUUAUUUGAUGAACCUUUAUUUUACCCAUAAAAUGAAGAGAAUAACAGGUGUCCUUUCUGACCCAUAAGUAGUAUAAAAAAUUCUAUAACCUAUAAAUUCCAGGUAUUCCUGAGAUUAUUAACAUGAAGUUCCAUUUCCCAUGAAAUGAUUGCUUUGCUGAUUUUGCAUGAUAUUUUUAACACUUAUUUUUUAAAAGCA